AUGGCGUCCUCCUCGGCCCCGCCGGCCACCGUACCGGCGAGUACAGCGGCCCCCGGGCAGGGCUUCGGCUUCGCCUCCAAAACCAAGAAGAAGCAUUUCGUGCAGCAGAAGGUGAAGGUGUUCCGGGCGGCGGACCCACUGGUGGGCGUGUUCCUGUGGGGCGUAGCCCACUCGAUCAAUGAGCUCAGCCAGGUGCCUCCCCCUGUGAUGCUGCUGCCAGAUGAUUUUAAGGCCAGCUCCAAGAUCAAGGUCAACAAUCACCUUUUCCACAGGGAAAAUCUGCCCAGUCAUUUCAAGUUCAAGGAGUAUUGUCCCCAGGUCUUCAGGAACCUCCGUGAUCGAUUUGGCAUUGAUGACCAGGAUUACUUGGUCUCUCUUACACGAAGUCCCCCAAGUGAAACUGAAGGCAGUGAUGGUCGAUUCCUUAUCUCCUAUGAUCGGACUCUGGUCAUCAAAGAAGUAUCCAGUGAGGACAUUGCUGACAUGCAUAGCAACCUCUCCAACUACCACCAGUACAUUGUGAAGUGCCAUGGUAACACGCUGCUGCCCCAGUUCCUGGGGAUGUACCGAGUCAGCGUGGACAAUGAAGACAGCUACAUGCUUGUGAUGCGCAACAUGUUUAGCCACCGUCUUCCUGUGCACAGGAAGUAUGACCUCAAGGGCUCCCUAGUGUCCCGGGAAGCCAGCGAUAAAGAAAAGGUUAAGGAAUUACCUACCCUUAAGGAUAUGGACUUUCUCAACAAGAACCAGAAAGUUUAUAUUGGUGAAGAGGAGAAGAAAGUAUUUCUAGAGAAGCUAAAGAGAGAUGUGGAGUUCCUAGUGCAGCUGAAGAUCAUGGACUACAGCCUUCUGUUGGGCAUACAUGACAUAGUUCGCGGCUCUGAACCAGAGGAGGAGGGCCCUGUGCGGGAGGAAGAGCCAGAGGGGGAUGGGGACUGUGGCCUGGCUGGACCUCCUGCUCUGGUGGGCUCCUAUGGCACCUCCCCUGAGGGUAUUGGCAGCUACAUGCUUUCUCAUCGGCCCCUGGGCCCUGGAGAGUUUGAAUCCUUCAUUGAUGUCUACGCCAUCCGGAGUGCUGAAGGGGCCCCCCAGAAGGAGGUGUAUUUCAUGGGCCUCAUUGACAUCCUGACACAGUACGAUGCCAAGAAGAAAGCAGCUCAUGCAGCCAAAACUGUCAAGCAUGGGGCUGGGGCAGAGAUCUCGACUGUCCAUCCUGAGCAGUAUGCCAAGCGAUUCCUGGAUUUUAUUACCAACAUCUUUGCCUAA